AUGGCUGGCAAGUGUGUUCACAAAGCGUGUGGGAAGACCUUCUCCGACCCCGAGGAGGAGUGCGUGUACCAUCCUGGACCCCCGGUGUUCCACGAGGGGCAGAAAGGCUGGAAAUGCUGCAAGCCCCGCGUCCUCACCUUUGAGGAGUUCCUCGCCAUCCCACCUUGCACAACCGGCAAGCAUUCCACCGUCGACGAUACCCCGGCGCCCGAGCCCAAGCCUGAGGAAGCUGCCACUCCCCCUCCCGUCGUCGCUGUCGAGAAAAAGAACGAGCGUCCGCCCAUUGUUGUCCCCGCUACCGUCCCCGCGUCGCCCCCCGCUAAGCCGGUCAUCGAAGAACCUGAGUCGGAUGAUCCUGAUGUUGAGAUCCCGGCUAACGCGACAUGUCGUCGCAGAGGCUGUGGUGCCACCUACACUGGCUCGACUGCGCGCGAUGAAGAGAAGUGCACCCAUCAUCCCGGCCAGCCGGUCUUCCAUGAGGGCAGCAAGGGUUGGUCCUGUUGCAAGCGCCGCGUUCUCGAGUUCGACGAGUUCCUGAGGAUCCCCGGCUGCACAGAGAAGACAAGACACAUGUUCGUGGGCAAGGCCAAGGGCCCUGGCGAAGAGAAGGUGGAAAAUGUUAGGAACGAUUUCUAUCAGACCCCCGCAGCUGUCAACGUUUCCCUCUACUUCAAGAAGAUUGACAAGGAGCGUGCCCGUGUCGAUUUUUCAUCCGAUUCGAUUGUCUUCGACCUUCCUACCACCGACAACAAGCGCUUCCAGGAUACAUACAGCCUCUUUGCGGCCAUUGACCCCGAGCAGUCGAGCUUCCGCGUGUUGGGCACUAAGUUGGAGUUGACCUUGGUCAAGGCUGAUGGUACUAGCUGGCCUGUGUUGCGCAGUGAUGACAAGUGGACCGGGCAGCGUAUCCAGAUUGGAAAUGCUGGUCGGGCAUGA